GUCACUGCAGGGCAUGGGGAUCGUGGGCGUGCUGUGUGUGGCAAUGGCUGUCUUCCUGGCCUGGGGUUUCCUCCGGCUUUGGGACUCCUCCGCACAAACGAGGAGUCUAGAGCUGGCGGGGCUUCUGGGAGGCGGACGCCAGGCCCUCCUGGUCACCGCGCACCCAGACGAUGAAGCUAUGUUCUUUGCUCCUACUGUGCUAGGCUUGACCCGCCUGGGACACCAAGUAUCUCUGCUCUGCUUUUCCACAGGAAAUUACUACAAUCAAGGAGAGAAUCGUAAGAAAGAACUUUUGCAGAGCUGUGAUGUUUUGGGGAUUCCACCCUCCAGAGUAAUGGUUAUUGACAACAGGCACUUCCCUGAUGAUCCCAGUGUGCAGUGGGACACCACACGUGUGGCCAGCACCCUUCUCCAACACAUAGGAGUGAAUGGCACCGACCUGGUGGUGACUUUCGAUGCAGGAGGAGUGAGUGGACACAGCAACCACAUGGCUCUGUAUUCGGCUGUGAGGAACCUGCACUCAGAAGCGAAGCUGCCUAAAGUUCCCAGGAGAAGUAGCCAUGGUGGAUACCUGGAGCAUAUUCGCCAAGAUGUUUCUGACCAGGAGAAGCAGCAGCCAAAGAGAGUGACCUGCUCGGGUGCUUUUAUACAUUCCCUUCUCUGGUGCUCUGUGCUCACACUUCAGUCUGUGAACCUGCUGCGCAAGUACCUCUCCCUCCUGGACCUGCCCUUUUCUCUGCUGUGGGCCCAAGACGUCCUCUUCCUGCUCAGCAGCGAGGAAGCCACACAGGCCAAGAGAGCCAUGUCCUGCCACCACAGCCAACUCCUAUGGUUCCGUCGCCUCUACGUGCUCUUCUCCCGGUACAUGAGGAUCAACACGCUGCACAUCCUCUGAGCCUUUGAAGGGUCUGGAAACUGUGCAAGAAAAAGGGCCAGGAAGCCCAGGGCCUGGUCUGGAGCUAGUUCAUCCCCUGAGCCAAAGGAGACCCCUGUGUAGGGGUGGCCUGCCAGGCCCUGCUCACCCAUGGGUAAUAUUCAAUAAUAUUGCUGAUAAAAUGGAGGCCAGGUGGGGGAGACAGCACAAUGGUUAUGCAAAAAAAUUCUCAUACCUGAGGCAAGAGGUCCUAGGCUUAAUCCCCUGUACCACCAUUAGCCAGAGCUGAGCAGUGCUCUGCUAAAAAUAAUAAUAACAGGGAGUCGGGCAGUAGCGCAGCAGGUUAAGUACACGUGUUGCAAAGCUCAAGGACCGGCAUAAGGAUCCUGGUUGGAGCCCCCGGUUCCCCACCUGCAAGGGAGUCACUUCACAAGCGGUGAAGCAGGUCUGUAGGUGUCUGUCUUUCUCUCCCCCUCUCUGUCUUCCCCUCCUGUCUCCAUUUCUCUCUGUCCUAUCCAACAACAAUGACAGCACCACCAGCAACAAUAACAAUAACAACAAUAAAUUACAAGGGCAACAAAAAAGGGAAAAAAAUUGCCUCCAGGAGCAGUGGAUUCAUAGUGUAGGCACUGAACCCCAGCGAUAACCCUGGAGGGAAAAAAAAUAUAUUUUGUUUAUUUCACAUGAGAGAGCUUUACAUCAGAGAGAGAAGCCAAAGCAUGACUCUAGGGAUUGACCCAGUAAAUCUCAGGCCUGCCAAUCCUGUGCUCUAUCAGUUGAGCUGUUUUCCUCAGGUGCAUUGUCAUAUAAAUAUUUGUUUAUUUUCAUAUGUAUAUAGAGAGAUCAGAGCACUGCUCAGCUCUCGCCUAUGGGGUCUCUGGCAGGCAAAUCCUGUGCUCUGAUACACUGAGCUGUAUGACCCCAGGUGCACAUCUCAAGUUCUUGUGAAAAACAGUUUACACAAUAGCACAAUGCAUGUCAUGCACCUACUACAGAGCCUGUUGUUACUUUACAUAAAUGGAAAAAUGCUCUAAAAUAAAUUCAUUUUUUAAAUUUAUUUUUUCUUUUUUUUAAUUUAUUCUUUUUUAAAAUAUUUAUUUUAUUUAUUUAUUCCCUUUUGUUGCCCUUGUUUUUUUAUUGUUGUAGUUAUUGUUGUUGUUGUUGUUGGAUAGGACAGAGAGAAAUGGAGAGAGGAGGGCGAGACAGAGAGGAGGAGAGAAAGAUAGACACCUGCAGACCUGCUUCGCCACCUGUGAAGGAACUCCCCUGCAGGUGGGGAGCUGGGGUUCGAACCGGGAUCCUUAUGCCGGUCCUUUAGCUUUGCGCCACCUGCGCUUAACCCGCUGCGCUACAGCCCGACUCCCAAAUUUAUUCUUGUUUUUCCCUCCAGCAUUAUUUCUGGGGCUCGGUGCCCACAUCAUGGAUCCACUGCUCAUGAAGGCUAUUUUUUCCUUUUUUGUUGCCCUUGUUGUUUUAUCAUUGUUGUGGUUAUUAUUAUUGUUGUUACUGAUGUCGUCAUUGUUGGAUAGGACAGAGAGAAAUGGAGAGAGAUGGGGAGACAGAGAGGGGUAGAGAAACAUAGACACCUGCAGACUUGCUUCACUGCCUGUGAAGCGACUCCCCUGCAGGUGGGGAGCCGGGGGCUGGAACUGGGAUCCUUACUCCAGUCCUUGCGCUUUGCGCCAUGUGUGCUUAACCCGCUGCGCUACCACCUGACUCCCUAUUUUUACUUUUUUAAUUUUUUUUUCACCUGCAGACCUGUUUCACUGCUUGUGAAUUGUCCCUGCUACAGGUGGGGAGCUGGAGCUUGAACCCUGGUCCUUGCACAGGUCCUUGUGCAUUGUUCUGCGUGCACUUAACCAAAUUGUACCAUUGUUUGGCCCCGUCUAAAAUAAAUUCAGAUGUGCAACAA